CCUCAGUCUGAAGGUGACAGAAUCUGGAGCCUCCCAUCUUUCCUGGGGUCCCUGCCCCAGAGACUGCUCUUCUCAGCUUAGCACCUCACAGCCACAGCAUCUGCCUUGAAGAUCCUGACACUAAUCAUGUUUUCUGUGCCUGAACUCCUGAUGUCCAUCUCGGCCACGGAGCUGCUCCUGGCUGCCACCAUCUUCUGCCUGGUACUCUGGGUAGUCAGAGCCUCUAGGCCUCAGGUUCCCAAAGGCCUGAAGAGCCCCCCGGGACCCUGGGGCUGGCCACUGAUCGGGCACAUGCUGACCCUGGGUAAGAACCCACACCUGGCUCUGACCAGGCUGGCCAAGCGCUACGGGGACGUGCUGCAGAUCCGCAUCGGCUCCACGCCAGUGGUGGUGCUGAGCGGCCUGGACACCAUCCGCCAGGCCCUGGUGCGGCAGGGCGAUGACUUCAAGGGCCGGCCCGACCUCUACAGCUUCACCUUCAUCUCUGGUGGCCAGAGCAUGACCUUCAACCCAGAUUUGGGCCCCGUGUGGGCCGCCCGCCGGCGCCUGGCACAGGACGCCCUGAAGAGUUUCUCGGUGGCUUCAGAUCCGACCUCUGUGUCCUCCUGCUACUUGGAGGAGCACGUGAGGAAGGAGGCCGAGUACCUAAUCAACAAGUUCCAUGAGCUCAUGGAGGGGCAUGGGCACUUUGACCUCUGCAGAUAUAUGGUGGUCUCAGUGGCCAAUGUCAUCUCUGCCAUAUGCUUUGGGCGACGCUACGACCAUGACAACCAAGAGCUCCUUGAUUUAGUUAAUCUAAAUAAUGAGUUUGGGAAAGUGACUGCCUCUGGAAACCCAGGUGACUUCAUCCCCAUUCUCCAAUACCUGCCUAACUCUGCCAUGGAUAACUUCAAGGAACUGAAUAGGAAGUUCUCUGUCUUCACACAGAAGAUGGUCAAGGAGCACUACAAAACAUUUGAGAAGGGUCACAUCCGGGACAUCACAGACAGCCUGAUAGAGCACUGUCAGGAGAGGAAGCUGGAUGAGAACGCCAAUAUUCAGCUUUCAGACCUCAAGAUCAUUAGCAUUGUCUUUGACCUCUUUGGAGCUGGUUUUGACACCAUCACAACUGCCAUCUCCUGGAGCUUCCUGUACCUGGUAAUGAACCCAAGUAUACAGAGAAAGAUCCAGGAGGAGCUGGACACAGUGAUUGGCAGGGAGCGGCAGCCCCGGCUCACUGAUCGAACCCAGCUGCCUUACCUGGAAGCCUUCAUCGUGGAGGUCUUCCGACACUCCUCCUUCGUGCCCUUCACCAUCCCACACAGCACCGUAAGAGACACAAGUCUGAGUGGCUUUUACAUCCCCAAAGGGCGCUGUGUCUUUGUGAACCAGUGGCAGAUUAACCAUGACAAGAAGCUGUGGGGUGACCCAUCUGUGUUCAGACCUGAACGCUUUCUUUCUCUUGAUGGCACUGUGGACAAGGCACUGAGUGAGAAGGUGAUUAUCUUUGGCUUGGGCAAGCGCCGGUGCAUUGGGGAGACCAUUGGCCGCUGGGAGGUUUUCCUCUUCUUGGCUAUCCUGCUGCAGCAGCUGGAAUUCAGCAUAUCACCAGGUGUGCAGGUGGACAUGACCCCCAUCUAUGGUCUGACUAUGAAGUAUCCCCGAUGCAAUCACUUCCAGGCACAGCUACGUCCUUCUGUCCUCAAGUGCCCCGAAGCCUAGAUCUGUUUACCUGGUCUGUGUGGGUACUAGACUUGGGUGCUGCUGGUCCAGGCAUCUGAACUUCAGACUGAAACUCACAGAUCUUAGAGGAUCACGCCAGCCCCCUACCCCAACUUGCCACUCUGCUUACUGAAAACAGACAGUGGUCACAGCAGAGGCACAGGGGAGCCCAGAGAACUUCCACAGAGGAGCCUGAUAGGAGCCCUGCAUGGUUAGGUCUUUCAGCCUCUGAGAAAGUCUGAGGAGUUCUCUGCAAGUCUCUGGGCCUAGCAACUGCCUGGCUGAAGAAACAGAGCAGGCCAUGCCAGGACCUGUCUGAUCCUUGUGGGAACUGCCUGGAGUUAAGGGAAGAGCCAGACCGGGAAGACACAGAGAUGGCAUUGCUAUUCGCCCAAGGCUGAGUGAUGUGAUCCCAUGGGCUGGUGACUCCACGCCUGGGGGAUCACAUUUGUCUGCCCUUCCUCCAGACAGUAAUAAACAUAACUGCCUCCCAGACUUGUAAGACCUUUGUUUCUGUCCUGGAGGGGCUGUGACUCGCAUCUUAGAGGAACUGCAUCUCUUUAGGUCCAAGAGCCAGGGCCGAAAUGAAGAAAUUUUUCAGAUACCUUUUACUGGUCUCCAUUAUCUGUACCCCAUAUAAAUUUUUCUGUAUGUGAUACCAGGGAUUAAACUCAGGGUCUUUAUCCAG